AUGUCCGUUGUUUCGCUGCAGCUAGGGCAAUGUGGCAAUCAGAUAGGCGGAGAACUAUUUAACACGUUAAUAGAUGAUGCAUCAAAACUAAAUCCCCAGUUUAUUUCGAAAAAUGUCGAUCAUAAAGUCAACCACGAAUACGAGGAAGAAGUACUGGAAAGAUUCUUUUCACGAGACAGAACAGGAGCAGCCAAUGCACGGGCUGUUAUGAUCGAUAUGGAAUCGAAAGCGAUAUCUCAAACCCUUCUAGAGGCUAAGAACUCGGGAAAGUGGACAUAUCCUUUGGGACAGCAAUUUUGUCAAAAACGUGGAUCUGGGAACAACUGGGCCCAUGGAUUCCUGGAGCAUGGACCAAAGUCCUCAGACACUGUGCUUGAAAUGGUGCAGAAAGAGGUGGAAAAGUGCGACAGAUUCGGUGGAUUUUUGAUUUUUCUCAGCUUGGCCGGUGGAACAGGCUCAGGUGUAGGGGCAUAUGUUACAGGUUGUCUUCGUGAAGAGUUUCCCCAUUCGUUCAUAUUGAAUCAAGUUGUUUGGCCUUAUGGUACGGGUGAGGUGAUUGUUCAAAACUACAAUGCUAUCUUAACUUUAUCUCACUUGUAUAAGUGCUCGGAUGGAAUAAUUAUCCUGGAAAAUGAUAAAUUACAGAGUAUAUGCUCCAGGUUGAUGAAUUUAAAACAUAUAUCUUUCAAGGAUAUCAACAGAGUGAUUUCUCAUAAACUUGCCAGUGUCCUUCAGCCAGUAAAACUGUUUUCUCCCAACCAAGAACCUGUUUUUUACAAAAGAGCUGUCUCAGUCAGAAAUCUACUUGGUGAUCUGAUUGAGCAAGUUUGUCCACAUCCAGAAUAUAAGUUGAUGACUUUGAAGAACAUUCCACAAAUGGCUGAAAACUCUUUAGCUUACAGCACUUACACGUGGCCUGGACUCCUAAAGCACCUACGACAGAUGCUGAUAGCUGAUGCUAGCAUGGAAGAAGGUAUGGAAUUAAAUCUGUGUUAUAUUUGUUGUUCUGUAGUUGUAAAAACAAACAAACAAACACUUGACAUGUAUGUUGUAGUUUGAAAUGACUUUUGGUCAAAAUUAUUUUUUACUAGUCUUUAAAUAAGUUGUCUUGAUUCUCAAACAAAUUAUGAUGGGAAUGAAUUUACAUGUAGACUGAAAUCAUUUUAACCUACAACGUGUAUAUCAAAUGAGAAAGAUAUUAAAUUGUGAGCUUGGUAAAGUUGAUGAAGAUGUUUUUUAGGUCUUUUUAUGAGCAUAAGACUAUGAAAAUAUUCUGAGUCCCCAAGAGAAAUCAAACCCCAGACUUUCUGCCAUGUUCUAAUGCUCUACUUCUGAGCUACAGAUGAUCUAAAGUGAGCUAGAGAGUAAAUUUUGAGCUCAGCACUGACAAAGGAGAAGAUUUUUUUUUUCUAUUUUCUUUGUUCAAAGCCCACAACAAGACAGAGAAAACAUCUUUCUCAACAUGCAUUUUUGAUGGCAGUGUGUCUCAGUGAGCUGAAGAUACAUGUACAUAAUUAUUUUAAUGCAAAAGAUGAAAUUGGGAAGACAAUGUUUUUCCGUGGAUGAAAUAGGCUUACUUAGAAGAAAAAGGUAUUCUUAGUGCUACCGUAAUUCACAACUAAAAUUAGUUGAAAAUCUAUAACCUUCUGAUGAGUAUUUCAAGAACUUGGAAAUCAGAAGUUUAACUCCUGAUAGUUACACUUGGAAUUUUUUUGUAGAGUUGAGUAAGCUGGUGUCACCUGCUAAAAUAUGUCAUCUAUCACUUCAGUCACUAGGGUAAACAUUUCCCUCCUUAGAUCCAUGAUGAUGAAUACCUUUAAAUGAAGGUUAAACAAAAAGUUAGAGAAAAAAGGCCAGGGGAGACACCACUGUUAAUGUUCCCAGCAUUUUCUUUAAAUAUCUGCACUUUAUAAAUCUCCCCUGCAGGCAUUGACUGGGAAGUCAAGUUGCCUGUGCCGUCAAACCCAGACGGUGCAGAUUUUCACCAAAGACCUGGACAACUGCCAAGAUUGAGGAAUAGAUUGAACAAAUCUAUUGCCAACCUUUUGGUUUUGCGAGGAGUGGAUGUUCACAAGGCAGAUCUGUCUUCUUUUAAUGAUACAAGGCUUCAUGCAAGCUGGGUACCACAGACUUGGGCCAAUACAGUGUGGUGCCACCAUAGGCCUUUCAACCAUUAUGAAAAAUCUGCGACAUUACUUACAAACAGUCAAACUCCUGUAGUACCCUUAAACUCUGUUGUCCAGAAAGCCUGGAACAUGUUUACUUCUCGAGCUUAUGUUCAUCAGUAUUUAAAGUAUGGAAUGACUGAAGAUCAUUUUGUGGACAGUUUUGCUGCUACUGAGCAAAUCAUCAGAAAUUAUUCUUCUCUGUAGGCCCAAGAUUUUGUCUAACAUCCAUUUUGAUGUUCAAUUUUGGUCACAAAAGCUCCUUUUGACAUUGGUGUUUUUUUUUUAUUAUUUUCAUUUCUUUAAGUUUUGAUUUUUUUUUGCUUUUUUUUUCUUGAUUUUGUGGUCUGGUGAAAAUUGAUAAAAAUAUCUUUGAUUCUGCCCAACACAUUAAGAACCAAUGCAUACAUUUUUGUUAAAAAUUUCAGAUAGGUGUGCUGCAAUUAAUUUGUAGAUCAUAUACAAAAAUGCAGGGCAAUCAAACUAAACUAAAAAAAAGACAAACUCUAGACAGCAAGAAAAUUGCAAUAAAAUAACCAGCAAUCAUCCACAAUUGACUUGACAUCCUAAUGAAGACUUCACUAGUCUUCUGUCAUUGUUGUCAUUUUAGCAUGGAUAUUCAUUGUCAAAACCUGUCUAAAGUGGGUGUAAACAUACAU